CCUCCGACCGUCUGUGAGCGAGUUAUCAUGAGUUACAAGCGUCACCUUUUGUUUUGGCUUUGCUAGCUUGGUUUUUGGAGGACCCGAGAAACAACAUGAUUGUUGAUUAUUAAUUGAGUAGUUUCUGUCAGCAUAACAAGAAAAACGCUUUCUCAGUGCGGUUAUUUAUCUAGUUGAUUUUUUUUUCAAUCCGAAAAGAUGUGGACCUUCCUAGGGAUAGCAAGCUUCACGUACCUUUACAAGAAAUCCAACGCACUCUUGAGUUACGCUCACAAAGAGGUGGUAAUGGCCGCAGCCUUACUUGUGACAGUCGGCCUGCUGCUGUCGUAUGUCAGGUGUUCUCACAUGCAGAAGCUCAAAUUCUCUCAGGUGUUACACUUGCCCCUGAGCCUCUUGUCUUUUUUACCUGUUGUCAAACAUUUGAUCCCACAAACCCCAACUGAAAGGAGCGAGAAAACGGAGAACAGCUGUAAAAAGAGCCACAGAUCAAGGAGAAGAGUGGCUACAGAAUCCUCCACCUCCCCGGGGGCCUCAGCUGGGGGCCCCUCAGUGUCCCCGGAGCCAGACGUGGUGAUAGUCGGGGCAGGGGUCCUGGGCUCUGCCUUGGCGGCCGUCCUCGCCCGGGACGGGAGGAGGGUGACGCUGGUGGAGAGGGACCUCAAAGAGCCCGACAGGAUCGUGGGGGAGCUGCUGCAACCUGGAGGCUUCAGGGCUCUCAAAGAGCUGGGACUGGAAGGUUCAGUGGAGGGUCUGGAUGCCCAUGUGGUGAGCGGCUACGUGAUCCACGACAUGGAGAGCAGCACAGAGGUGGAGAUCCCCUACCCGCAGGGGGAGGACCACACCAAGUGUGGACGCGCUUUCCAUCACGGGCGAUUCAUCAUGGGCCUCAGGAGAACCGCCAUGGCGCAGCCAAAUGUCACAGUCGUAGAAGGCAACGUGACCAGUCUGCAGGAAGAAGACGGCUGUGUAACCGGGGUGCAGUACAAGGAUAAAGAAACAGGAGACGUCAAGGAGAUCCAUGCUGCGCUGACUGUUGUGGCUGACGGCUGUUUCUCUAAAUUCAGAAAGAGUCUGGUCUCUGGAAAAGCUCGCACCUCCUCUCACUUUGUUGGAUGCCUCAUGAAGGACUGUCCCCAGUUUAAAGCCAACCACGCUGAGCUGGUGCUGGCCAACCCGAGCCCGGUGCUCAUCUACCAGAUCUCCUCCUCAGACACCAGAGUGCUGGUGGACAUCAGGGGGGAGAUGCCUCGCAACCUCUCAGAGUACAUGGCCGAGAACAUAUACCCUCAGCUACCAGAGCAUUUAAAGGAGCCUUUCAUGGGGGCCCUCCAGAAUGAUCGGCUCAGGUCCAUGCCAGCCAGCUUCCUCCCUCCAUCCCCCGUCAACAAGCCAGGUGUGCUUCUCCUGGGUGACGCUUACAACAUGAGGCAUCCUCUGACGGGAGGCGGGAUGAGCGUUGCUCUCAAUGACGUUCGCAUCUGGAGGAGUCUGCUCGAAAAUAUCACAGACCUGCAUGACGACAGGCUGAUGCUGCAGGCAAAGAAAAAAUUCCACUGGGAACGCAAGUCAUCACAUUCUUUCGUGGUGAACGUGUUGGCCCAAGCCCUGUACGAGCUGUUUGCAGCCACUGACAAUUCUCUUCAUGAGCUGAGAAAGGCCUGCUUCCAGUACUUCAAGCUCGGUGGAGAGUGCAUUGCCGGGCCUAUCGGACUCCUCUCAGUGUUGACCCCCAAACCCAUGACCCUCAUUGGACACUUUUUUGCCGUGGCCAUGUACGCGAUCUACGUCAACUUCAAGGCCGAGUCUUGGUGGACUAAACCACGAGCUUUAUUCAAGAGUGGCGCCAUCCUGUACCGAGCCUGCACAGUCAUGUUUCCACUCAUCUACUCGGAGCUCAAGUACCUGGUGUACUGAAGAGGUCCACUCCUGGACAGAGAAGGACCAAACUCUGUAUGCUCUUCACAGUCACGUCGUAAUUGGAAGUAAAACAAAUGUUGCCGUUUGUUUGGUUCCUUCCUGCUGAAAAAGGCCUGUUGCCGGACUUAAACUGUUGAGGAUAUUCCCCAAAGUGCCCUUGUCAUGCCUUGUUGUGGUCCCUUCAUGAACAUUUAAUCCUGUGGAAUUAGUCCUGCCCAACAGAACUGCCAUGUGGGAUCGUAUUUCCAUUGUGGUUUUGCAAUCCUCAGAUUUUUAAAAUCUAAAGUACUGAUGACGGGAUGUUCUAAAACACUGUCUUAAUUAUUCUCCUAUGCUGGGUAUCAUACAAAUAUCCAGGAUAUUUUCAGCCCUGUGUCGUUGAAAAAAUGAUUGCUUCUUGCCUCCAAGAUAAUUGCUCUUUUCACACAUAGUGGACAUUUUUUGGUUUCUGGUCCUGCUGGAUUCAGUAACUCAUGGAAGACCUGAAGCAGCUGGCCUGGGGGGACGUUUGUCCUGAGCAGACUCAGACCAGGACGUCCUUACAUGUAAUGUGAGGACGUCCUGGUCUGCUUACCUGUGCCUGCGAUUGCUUGAUGGCCGUUAAAUACAAUUCUGAUAACAGGUUUUAUUAGUAAUGUGAACUAAGUAACGUGCAGGACAAACACUAACAAAAGCGACCCUUAGAUGGCGCUCACUCACAGAUGGAGGACUUGUGUUUGAAUGGCGGCUCAGUUUUACAUUACAUUACAUGUCAUUUUUUUGGGAUUUGAAAUACGUUCCCCUGAUGAGCCUUAGCACAGAAAUUGAGGAGAUGGGUUUUCAGAUUUCACUUGGUAAAAUGCGUUUGCAGCAGCUUUUAAUAUUAGGAAUUGGUUCCCAUUAACGAUCAGGAGAAACACUGAUGCUGAGGAGGCCUUUCCCUUCCAUCUGUAACACUGAAUGCAUCAGUCUGAUAGAUAUUUUAUCACUAGGCCUUAUGUGACCUAAAGGUUCUUGCUGGGAAAAAUGAAACAUUAAAUUAAAUAUAUUCCCCAUGGUUUCAGCUGCAAUUCAUGAGGAUAUCCUUUGAUUUAUUGGAUUCCUGUAUAAACACUGUUUUGUCCAUGUGUUAAUAUGAAGAGAGCUGGCCUGUUAAAUAAUUCUAACAUGUAAUGAGCUUAAUGAUUCAACAACAAAUAAAUGUAUUGAUUUUC